AUAGCCGCUGGCGCCACCUGUUAAUGAAGUUUGACCAUGAGCGUGCGGAGUGUGUGACAGUUUCCCGCAAUUGUCAAGGUUGACUGUCAGACAACGUGACUAUGAAGAAUACGAGGGACGUUCGCCUGAGGAGGACUCAGAGCGUUACUAAAAUGGAAGAAAUGGCCGAAAGAGAAAAGAAACAAAGGGAAAAUCAACCGGAUCAACCUUGUCACAGUCCUCAAGAUUCCCUUCUUAGUUCGUCAAGUGGAUAUACAAAUUAUAGAGGAUUAUUAAAUUUAUGCAUAAUAUUAUUGGUUUUGUCGAAUACAAGAGUUGCCCUUGAAAACAUUAUCAAGUAUGGUAUCUUAGUGGAUCCGGUUUCGUGGGUUACAGUUUUUAUGGAAAAGCCCACGAGUUCACCAUCUGUACUUAUUUUAUUAGGUUUGAAUUUGUAUAUAGUUCUGUCUUUUCUAAUUGAAAUCAUUACGUUAAAGGGAAUAAUACCAGAAAAAGUCUGUCUGACGUUAGUAACUUUCAACCUGGUUGCCGUCGUGGUGGGUCCGCCGAUGGUCGUAUAUAAUCUCGACUGUCAUCCGGUUAGUGCUUCUGUGGUACUGGGACUUAACAGUAUUGUUUUUAUGAAAUUGGUUUCAUAUCACAUGGUCAACUUCUGGUGUAGAGAACAGAAAAGUCACGCGACAAACAGAAUAAGACGACGAGGAUCGUUUAAAAGAGAGAGACCUUUAGAUUUGCCAAAUGGAGAUUCUAAACAUUAUCAUCAAGUAUCUUAUCCCGAUAACUUAACAUUUAGAGACAUAUAUUAUUUUAUGCUGGCGCCGACGUUGUGUUACGAGCUAAAUUUUCCACGGUCGGCUCGAAUACGCAAGAGAUUUCUAGCCAAAAGAAUACUCGAGAUGUUAUUUCUUGUUCAACUGAUUCUCGGAUUGGUUCAACAGUGGAUCAUACCGACUAUUAAUAAUUCGAGGAAGCCGUUAAAGGAAAUGAAUUAUUCUCGUAUGUUGGAGAGGCUUCUAAAGUUAUCGGUUCCUAAUCAUCUAAUUUGGUUGAUUUUCUUCUAUUGGUAUUUUCAUUCUUGCCUUAAUGCCGUCGCCGAGAUACUUAGAUUUGCGGAUCGACAGUUUUAUCGAGAUUGGUGGAAUGCUGAAACAGUGCACUAUUUUUGGCAGAAUUGGAACAUACCCGUUCAUAGAUGGUGCGUGCGUCAUCUUUAUAAACCGAUGGUCAGAAGAGGUAUCACCAAAGAUAGAGCUAAGAUGAUAGUAUUUAUGGUCUCUGCAUUUUUUCACGAGUAUUUAGUCAGUGUUCCGUUAAAAAUGUUCAGAGUUUGGGCUUUUACCGGAAUGGUGGGACAAGUGCCGUUUGCCAUGUUCGUGUCUCGCUACCUGCACAAUCAGUACGGAAACAUAGCCGUGUGGAUCUCCUUAAUAAUCGGCCAACCUUUAUGUAUACUAAUGUACUACCACGAUUACUACAUUAUUCAUUACGGCACGUUGGAUGCGACGUCCUGAGAUGGAGGUUCUUUUGACCUUCCUCUUUAAAUAUCUGACCCAAUUAUGUUUAAGGAAGUACUUACUUUUUUUAGUCAGAGCGUUAAUUUACUUUUAUCCACCACGACCAAAUAUUUUUGUAUUAUGUUGAAAUAAUUAUCGGGAAAAAGAAAUGUGGUCGAGUGGAAAUUUCAUUACUAUUUCCCAAAUUUUUAUAAAAGUUUUGUAUGAGGAAAUCUAUCGUGUCCGACUCGGUGUCAAGCACAAACGAGAUCAAAUAUUUGAAAAAAUUAGAUAAAUGUGUGUGUGUGUGUGUGUGUGUAUACACAAGGACGUUCUAAAAGUCUAUGGGUCCUGUGGUGAACUACAGGAGUUACGUCAUUCGUUGUUUGUUCUUUUAUGAGUAAAGUAUGGCGCCGAGUAAAAAGAAAUAAAUUUAAGUUACUUUGAUGGCGAGAAUCUGUGGCCAGAAAGAAGUUGCCAAAGAGUUUGAUGGCAGCCAAAUGAUUGGUGGAAAGUCCAAAUGCACCCCUUUAACUGUUUGCACCAAUUUUAUGUCCUCACCAUUGAAAUAACUCAAAUUUGUUCUCUUUACUCGACAUAAAACAAUACAGAAGAUUGACAUUAUUCCUGUGGUUUCGGAUUAAUGGGACAUUCUCAGGCUGCCAUUUUGCACUUUUUAAAAUGACGUUUCUUUUUUUAUUAACCUUUGAUAUUGUGUUAAAUUCUAAACAAUGUGCCAAACGUUACGAAGUUUAAUUAACGUGCAGUUCCGCAAAUAAAGCGAGAGGUAAUGCUUUAACCAUGGGAAAAACUACAAAGAAUCGCCAAAAAAUGGAAACGUUAAACAUUGGUGCUUUCGAGUUACUACAAUUUGUCCUCUGUCAAAGCAUUAUUUUUUCCUUUAUAAUUAUUUCGAGAAAUUUGCGGAUGCAUUUUGAAGUACAAACCGAAACGUAGAAAAUCUUGUACAUAAUUUGCAAAUGGUGGCAUAACCGAUCGAAAACCCGUCCAAACCUAACUCCAUGUCAUUUCCACAAUAAAAGUCCAUAAACCGACAAGCUGCAAUAAUCUAAACAGUACUUAGAUUUAUUAUAAAGUAAAUUUUUUAUUAAUUAUGCAAAUCGUAGAGCAUAAAUUUGUCCGGUUUGCUGUAUUACCUCAUACGUUUGUAAGAGAAGCCACCAUUUGUACUUAUGCAACAAAGUUGUGUGAAUUGUAAUUUUGAAUUUUAUGCAAUCGAUUAGCAGUGAAAAUAAAUUUGUUAUUGAAUAUGACGAAA